AUGAGAUUACUUCAGCAUCUUUACGAAGUCCAUAGGACAAAUCAGAUUUGUUUAUACUGUUUAUGACAGCCUGACUGAUUUGUUUAAACUUUUGCAUGAUCUCAAACCUUUAAGUGGUGUGUUUACAGUGCAGCUGUGCCUGGAUUUAACUAUGAUCUAGUCUAACAAAUCAAUGACGUCCCACUGAGAUUUCUCUAACAGUUUAACUGAUUUUAGUUGACUUGCUUAAAGUUACAUGAAAAAUGUUUUCUCUGCUAUUAUUCUGGCAUUUAGCAAAUUGUUUUUAAUAUAUUAUAUGUAAAUGUCUAAUUUCAAAUGUAUUGAUCAGCUGUUUCCAUAUUUUGUUUCUGUUUUGAUGGCAGUUUUUCUCCAAACUUCACUGAUCUCUGUGGCUACUGCUCUUUGUUCCGGCUGUGACUGUUGUGCUUCUGGCACAGAGUGCAUCACCACCAAUGGAGUUGUUCAAUGCAUUGACCCCUGUGCCACCUACACUGUGGUGAACGAUGCCUGGCGUUCAACAGAGAAUACAGACACAACAAUCAUACACUGUGACCGAAACAUUGCCUGGAGUGGAUGGUAUCGCUUUUAUUUGGGUCAGAGCAGCGCUCAGAUACCAGAGAAAUGUGUAGCAGAAAACCGAUGUGGAACUCAUGCUACUUUGUGGAUAAACGGGACUCAUCCAGUCCAGCUUAAUGAAAUCGUAACUCGCAACGUAUUUGGCGCCUGGUCGGGUUCCUGCUUCCAUUUUGCCUCCAGCACCAUUCAGAUCAAAGUUUGUUCUGGUUUCUACGUCUACAAAGUUCAACUGCCAUCUUCCUGCACUCUGGGAUAUUGUGCAGAAAUUCCACUCUUCAUAGUUCUAACACAAAGUGAGACCAGCAUCACUCUGCAGUGGAGCGCAAUCACCACCAGCUUUGUUCUCCAGUAUGACGGCACAGAGACAAACAUCAAUGCCCCAGAUGGAGCUGCAACAGUGACGUACACAGUCUCAUCUCUCACUGCUGGGACCAUUUACACAUUCACUCUCUACACUGUGAUUGGAAAUGGGAGAAACAGUGGACAGCAACUGACAGCUGUCACAGCUCCUCAAAAUACAGGAGGAUUUACAAAGUCAGCACAAGAUGAGAGCAGCAUCACCCUGCAGUGGAAUAAAAUCAACAUCAGCACCAGCUUUGUUCUCCAGUAUGACGGCAUAGAGACGAACAUCAAUGCACCAGAUGGAGAUGGACCAGUGAUCCACACAGUUUCAUCUCUCACUGCUGGAACCAAAUACACAUUCACUCUCUUCUCUGUGUUUGAGAGCAUCAGAAGCAGUGGAGUACAACUUACUGCUGUCACAACUCCUCAAAAUGCAGAAGGAUUUACAAAUUCAGGACAAAAUGAGUCCAGCAUCACCCUGCAGUGGAAUAAAAUCAACAACAACGGCUUUGUUCUCCAGUAUGACGGCAUAGAGACAAACAUCAGUUCACCAGAUGGGGAUGGACCAGUGAUCCACACAGUCUCAUCUCUCACUGCUGGAACCAAAUACACAUUCACUCUCUUCUCUGUAUUUGAGGGCAUCAGAAGCAGUGGAGUACAACUUACUGCUGUCACAGCUCCUCAAAAUGCAGAAGGAUUUCAAAAAUCAGGACAAUACAAGAGCAGCAUCACCCUGCAGUGGAAUAAAAUCAACAACAACACCAGCUUUGUUCUCCAGUGUGACGGCACAGAGACAAACAUCAGUUCACCAGAUGGAGACGGACCAGUAACUCACACAGUUUCAUCUCUGAUACCUGGAACCAAAUACACUUUCACUCUCUUCUCUGUGUUUGAGAGCAUCAGAAGCAGUGGAGUACAGCUUGUAGGUUUCCUUGAACCAACCUAUAUUAUUAGAAUGAAACUUCAAUUAAAUUAUCAGACACAACUAUCAGAUUCAGAGAUGGAAGAUGUUUUAGUGGAGUUCUUCAAAGCACAUGGUUUAUCACAGUUUUCCCUGAAAGUUCGCAUCAAACCGUGAAGAAAUCCAAGGAUGAAAUCGAGGAUCAGUCCCGUUUAUUUAAUGAAUAUUUGCUUCUUUGUUCUCUUAAAUUUAAUAUAUUAUCAGCCACAUGUAUUAGAAAAAAAUUAUCAUUGCUUAAUUAAUAUUCUAUCAUUCAUGACUCUUUCGUCUAAAUAGUGGUAAAGAUGGUUUUUGUUUAUUUGUCUGUUUUUUUUACAAGACUCAGUUGAAUUUAUUAGGAUUGCUGUAGUUAUGCACAUAUUGUGUUGGUUUCUGUUGAGUUUAACAAUGGUCAUAAUCUUUGUUUGAAUAAAAUUGUUAUAGCUAAAAAAAAAAAUAGCACUAAAACUUGUAAUCAUAAGAAGAAUUGAAACUAAAUUCACUUUUUAUGAAAUUCAGCUUAGUUAUUUUAUUAAAUGUUUAAAUAUUUUUAAGUAAGGUAAUUUUAUUUAUUCAUUUCUGAUAUUUCCUGCAUGUACAUUCUGGUUGGAUCAGUACUUCUGCUGCACCCUACUUUGAUUCUUCCUCUCACUAUAGUUCACCAGAUUUGCUAAUAUUCUUGCUCUUUGUUGGACUUCAUAAUUGACAGACUCUACCUUUCCAUUGUAUUUAGUUUUACAAUUAAAUUUUAUUUUUGCAUUUUACUUUUUUGCCUACAUGCCAUCUGGUGAUCCUUCAAUCGCAAGAAACAAUGAAAGAUAAGACGUCAUAGGUAGGAAGCACCUAUGGCAGUGUGUGAGUAAUUAAAAAUAAAGAAAUUCACAGAAAAUACAAAAGCAGAGCCACAAGGCUCAUGAGUUACUACAUUAUUUUUCUCAGAUUAUUAUUUUUCUUUUCUUUUUACUCUGUCAGAUUAGAAUUUAAUCAGCAUUAAUUGUUUUCAAAUACAAAUAAUGUUUGUGUUCAGCUCUACACUAACUAUUUGAGGCCUUUUGUUUUUUACAUGUAACAUUAUGUAAGGAGGGUUUUCUUCACACCUUGAAUCAGCUUAAUAAGCAGAAACGAGAUGAACAGGACACAGAUUUUACUAAUAAAUAAAAUAUUGCCUGCUGUU